UUUGGACCUGAUGCAUGUCAGCUGAACAACCUUUGGCUACUUAUUGGUAUAAGAGGGUACAAGAGUACAAGUUAAAUUCACAAUUCUUCCUCCCUCCAUCAGACUCGUUGCAACAAACAAUUCGGUAUGUCAAAGCCUCUGGUUCUCUACACUGCAGGUACCCCCAAUGGCCACAAAGUGUCCAUCAUGCUCGAAGAGCUCAAAGCAGCCUACGGAAACAUCGACUACGAUGUCGAGAAGAUUAACCUGUCCGCGAACGUCCAAAAAGAGCCAUGGUUCAUUGCAAUGAACCCAAACGGACGUAUCCCUGUUCUCGUUGAUCGCUCCCAUACCACUGCCGCCCAUCCGAAUGGAUUCUCCGUCUUCGAAAGUGCAGCGAUCUUGUUGUACCUCGUACAGAAGUACGAUAAGGAAGGGAAAUUCAAGUUUGAGAGCGGCAGCGAUGAGGAAAGCCAGAUGUUACAAUGGAUCUUCUUUGCUCACGGAGGAGUCGGUCCUAUGCAAGGUCAAUCGCACCACUUCCGACACUAUGCCCCUGAAGACGUGCCUUAUGGCAAGAAACGCUAUGGGGAUGAGGUCGUCCGUCUUUAUGGUGUGCUCGAUAUCGGUCUCCAAGGCCGCGAAUACCUCGUGGGUCCAGGGGCUGGAAAGCUCAGUGUUGCUGAUGUGAAUGUCAUGCCAUGGGUGAGGUAUCACAAGCAUGCAGGCGUCGAGACCUUGGAUGCUUUCCCGAACCUGAAGGCUUGGCUCGACCGGCUUCUGGAGAGAGAAACUGUGAAAGCUGGAGUAGCUGUCCCUUAGGCUGCUUUUGAAGCCCUGUCGCUCUAGCUGAAGUGUCAAUCGGCAGUAAUUCUCCUUGUAUUUGCACACUUAAGACUUGAAUUAGUCUUUGUCGUCGUCCUUGCUCAGUUGAAAAAAAAUCUCCAUUAACAUUAA